AGUAUAGCUACUCACUGAAAAUACUCUAAAAAACAUUCUAAAAUCUCUUGGGCCUGGAUCGGGCUCUAAGCAAACCACCCAAAAUCCAUACUUGUAGUGGUUGGGGUAGGAAAUUUGUAAAUAGUGAAGAAGGAAAAGGAUGAGAAUGAUCGAGUGGCUUCAAGCUAUGUAUAAUGCUCGCCAACAGUGGGCACCAGUUUAUUUUCGUAACACCUUUGCUGCCCUUUCUUCAUAUCAUGGUAUCAGCUCCUUCUUUGAUGGGUAUGUGAAUCAACAGACCACAAUACCUUUGUUCUUUAAACAGUAUGAACUUGCGCUCGAACAUUCUCUGGAAAAGGAAAUAGAAGCAGCCUACGAUACAAUUUGCACCGCUCCUGUACUUAAGACGCCAUCGCCAAUGGAACUACAGGCUGCAAAUAUUUAUACCAAGGAAGUAUUCGCAAAGUUUCAGGAAGAACUAGUUGAAGCUUUUGUAUAUACAGCAAAUAAGAUCGAGCGAGAUGGGAUGGCCACCAAGUACAGGGUUGCAAAAUAUGAGCAUAAUGACAGGGCAUGCAUAGUGACGUUGAGCACAUCUGAGAUGCAAGCAAGUUGUAGCUGCCAGAUGUUUGAAUAUUGUGACGUUCUUUGUAGACAUGUAUUGACUGUCUUCACUGUAACAAACGUUCUUACCCUUCCGUCCCAUUACAUAUUGAAGCGAUGGACAAGGAAUGCAAAAACUUGGAUUGGGUCAGAGGAACAGAGUGCAGAUUCACAAGGUCUUGAUGCUCUGACCUCUCGCUUUAACAAUCUGUGCCUUGAAGCUAUUAAAUAUGUAGAGGAAGGUGCAAUUGCCAUUGAGACUUGCAAUGCAGCGAUAAGUAAUUUAAAAGAGGGUGGAAAAAAGAUUGUUUCUGUGAAGAAAAGCGUUGCUAAAGUCGAACCUCCUAGCUCGCAUGGCAGUGGAAAUAAUCAAGAAGAAAACAACAAGAAAACCCCUACUACUCCUCGUGAAAUGAUCCCGUCAUUGUGGCCUUGGCAGAAUGCUAUGCCACCUCGGUUUAAUCUUAAUGAUGGGUCCAUGACUUUGACACCAGCUGGUGAAGUGGCUGCCAUCAACUUGAAGGUAUACUCGUCUUCUCUUUUAAUGAGCUCUUGACUUUGGUAAACUUAACCAUUACACUGUUUUUCAGAAUUUCUCUCUAGCCAUUUACACUUUGUUUGCUUGAAAUUGAUGCCAAUUGUGCUAUUUGGAAGCACCCCACCCGCUUCUUCUGCACAAGGCUUGCAUAUUAUUUCACAGUUGUAGCUAUGUCCAAUGAAGUUUUAACUGUUAUUUAGUUCA